AUGGGGCGCUCGAGUUGGCGGUUGGUGUUUGCGGCUGGUGCGGGUCUCGCGCUGGCCCUAGAGGCACUGCCGUGGCUGAUGCGGUGGCUGCUGGCUGGGCGGCGGCCACGGCGCGAGGUGCUCUUCUUCCCCUCACAGGUGACCUGUACCGAGGCUUUACUGCAGGGCCCAGGCUUGCCCCCCGGGCCCUCCUCGGGCUGCCCGUGCAGCCUCCCACACAGCGAGAGUUCGCUGAGCCGCCUGCUGCGCGCGCUCUUGGCCGCCCGCUCCAGCCUGGAGCUCUGCCUCUUCGCCUUCUCUAGCCCGCAGCUGGGGCGUGCAGUGCAGCUGCUGCAUCAGCGCGGGGUGCGCGUGCGGGUCAUCACCGACUGCGACUACAUGGCCCUCAACGGCUCUCAGAUCGGCCUGCUGCGCAAGGCAGGUAUACAGGUACGGCAUGACCAGGACCUAGGCUACAUGCACCAUAAGUUUGCCAUCGUUGACAAGAAGGUGCUCAUCACUGGCUCCCUCAAUUGGACCACACAGGCCAUCCAGAACAACCGUGAGAACGUUCUGAUUAUGGAGGACACCGAGUAUGUGCGGCUGUUCCUGGAGGAGUUUGAGCGCAUCUGGGAAGAAUUUGACCCCACCAAGUACAGCUUUUUCCCCCAAAAGCAGCGAGGGCACUGA